AUGACUCGACACGGUCCCAUGCCGGUUCACGACCGAGUCAACAAGACCGGACGAAGGAUAAGGGCUGAUGAGAGUUUGAGCAGCAAGGACAGAGAUCGUAUCGCUCUCAAUCUGCAGCGCCUGCAAAAGCCAGGGGGCAACGAGGCUGAUAGAACAAAGGCGAGGAUACUGCGCGAAAGCAUGCAAUAUCUGCUCAAAAGCAACUGUCGCCACAGCUUACUGGCUCUCCUGGCCCUUGGAGGCGAGCCUUACAAGCUGAACAAAAGCACAAAGGAUCCAAGUGUCGAACCUGUCAAGACCCAAUCCGUCUUGAUAGCAAAAGUAGGAAUUGGGUUUUUGAACAGAUGGACAAUGCUCGUCCCCACCUUGACGUCGAAAAAACGUGCUUGGAUCUAUGGCUCAACGAACUGUGGAUUCCAAAAGAACGAGAGAAAGCACGGGCUUUUCGACCUUUACGUGGAGUCGAACAUGGCCUUGCUGGCAUCCAGUUGGGACACAUACAUCCCUCGGCUGAUCCACAACGGCGCCCAUGUAGUGUUUCCACAAAUAGAAACACUGACGCCACCCUAUGACUAUGUCAAAAAGGAAUUGGUGGCAGCGGCCAGACGAAGAACCGGCAAUAAAAAUGCCAUCCCGAUGGCGGCGUUCCGGCUCGCGCCAGGAGUCGACUAUGGUGAAAGAUUAGACGUACGCGACGGCGGCGCCUGCGAAAUUGUUGAUGCGCUUUCCCACUGUUGCGAGGCGCCCGCGGCAGACAAACCUCGCACCGUUUUCGUGGAUGCUAUUUUGCCUGGUUCGGAUGUGCGAAUGCCAGAUUUCUUGUCCAACGAAUACGUAUUUGGCGGCGCUUGCAAGCCUGACAUGACGCCAAGGUUGGUGAUCGGUCCCUCAUCUGGAUUUACCGACGUACACAUCGACAACGGGACCCAUGUCCUUGCGCUGAUGGCCGCGGGGGUGUCUAAGCUGUGGGGUAUCUGGCCGGGCACUAAGGAAAAUGCGGAAACACUGUCGAAGCUCAAGUGUGAAGCAAUUUCGGAGGCGCAGGCCAAGGGCGCAAAGAACCCAGAUUUCGUCCUGCACAAAGCAGUUCAGGAGCUGCAAGACGGGAUAUGGUUUUUGACGAGGCCGAUGGACCUGUUGUACUUGCGCCCCGGCACGCUCCAUGUCGUCUAUACUCUCGCCGGCGGUAUCCUUGUCGGAUGCAAUUUUGUCUCGGCCGAUGACGUACAGGCGACAGCUCGCGCAGUCGACAUGGGCUGGGCUGAAAAGGCCAUUUUGGGGAGUAUGCGGGACAAACAUAACGAGCUUGGUUAUUUCAUGCAAGCUCUGGAGCUGUGUUUUCAGCGCGAGUUGCAGGACAACGGCAGAACGCCGGUGUACAGGGUAACCGCGGAGCAUGCUCGUGCAGAGCUCUGCUCCCGCGCGUACCAUUUGCAACGUGUCAUGGGAAUCCCUGGGUUUUCGAAAAGCAAUGCUGUACUACUGUGUAGUAACGAGGAUAACAGCACAGAGGGCAGGAUCCUUCGACAGAAGAAGAUGGUCUGCAAGAAAUGCGGGAAGCCAUGGGGAGAGCACCAGGAAAUCGUCUGA